AGGACUCUGAAUAUCCUAGGAGUAGGGAUGGCUGGUCUCCUCGUGUUAAUGAGGUUUGGACCAUGUUGAGCUCUUCCUGCUUUCUGUGGGGUAUCGAAUAUCCCUUAUAUGCCUAUUUCUACAUCUUCAUCAUUAUCCUAAUUAUCUGGCAAGUGCAACAGAAUUACCAAGGAUUGAAGUGGGAACAUAAAAGAAGCUGCUGCCGGCGUCACCGAAAAGUCAGGCAAAGGGCUAGAGAUGCAGCAUCAAGAGCCAGGAGACUUUCCCAAGAAGAAGCCGAGAAGCCAUGGGAGCUGCUCUCUAUCAUGAAAAGCCAAAGCUGGCUCCCCACGGAGGGAAAUGUGCGGCAGCUCCUGUGUGUAGAUCCGUGCUGCCAGAUUUGUGAUGCUGCAACUCUAGAGAUUCAGCAGUUGCUGGAGAGUGAUAAAAGCCAGAUCUCCCCUGCUUUGCUGGGACUGCCACAGGGCUCUUCGUGCCUCGACAUGUUGCCCAUAUCCAGUGUGUCUUUUGACCAUAAUAUGAAGUUUUACUCUGGGAACUCCACAGACUUCCCACUGGUACCUGUGACCCAAACACUAAUGGAACACUCACCACAGUCAACCAAUGUAGUUAGGAUCCAACAAUUCUGUGACAAUCAUUUCCAGGUAGAACAGGAAUUUCAUCAGGCAGAUGUGGCCAUGGUCUCUGAGACUAUAAUUUCUUCACAGUGUAGGGAGUCUAUAGUUUUAGUGGAUGCUGGAGAGACAAUGCCCAGAAAUCUAAGCUUUGUCCAGCAGAUUCAAAACCAUCAGUCUUUGAACUCGCAGCUCCCUUUUCAAACUCUGUACACAGGGAGUACUCAUGGCACACAUCCUAUGGCCCUGUCUGUUGUCACCACUGUCCCGCAGCCAUUCCUCAGUCCUGAAGUGGUUAGGCUUCUUGAGCUGCAUGUGAAAAGAUUGAUGCAUUUCCAAAGGUGGGGGCUUCCCAGACGUGUAGAGGAGUCCCUAAGUCAACUAAUGCCAAACCCACCGACGUAUUUCCAGCCUGAAAAUAGCCAGCCAGUUCCUUUUCUUUUGAAUACUUCUCAAGAAUGUGAUAAUAGUUUUGGGAGUAUUUCCCACCAGACAUGGUACUCAUAUACUGACAGCCAACCUAUCCAGACCUUUUGGGUUUCUGAGUGGUCCAAUAUGGAUCCAGAACAAAAACAACACUGUGAACAAAUCCCAAGCCCUGGGGAAAAGCCCUUAUUUACUCCUGACCAUAAUGCUAUAUGUAGCAUCAGUCUGCAGCCUGAGGGACAGGCUAACGACUCCCAGGACAAUCUUCAGAAGAAAUUCACUCAGUUAUUCUGCGGUCUCCCUUCUAUGCACAGUGAGUCCUUGGUUACUACCUUCCUAGGCACUCAAGGUCUCUCCAAGGACAUACCUAGGCCCUCCUGUGAAGAUCUUCAUCUCUUGCAAGAGUCCUCAGCCUUGCCCUUGCUGCCCCACACUCCACCUAAGGCAGCCCUUCCUCCUUCCUCAGUUUCUCCAAAUGGGUGUUUAUAUGAGCAUCGACAGGCUCAGAUCACCGUGCCAUUUCUGACUCUGGCCGAGUGUAAAACCUUAGAAUGGCAUCUUCUACAAAGACAGCUUCAGCUUCAGUGGGGCCUGCCAGCUGCCGUCCCCAGAUCUCCCUAUGUGAGGAGCCACACACAGUACAAGUCAGGUAAUAAAGCAAAGCCACGGGAGACUUUAAAAGCUUCCUGGCCAGGAAAAUGCUUCUCAGUCCUCACCAGAGACCUUUUCUUUGUCCCAGAGCACGUGCGCAGGCUGCUGGAAUUCCACCUCCAGAAGCAGCUGAUUCACCUUCGCUGGGGCCUGCCCCAGAGGAUCCAGCGCUCCAUUCACCUGCUCCUCUCCUCUACUGACCAGCAGGCCCUGUCUUGCAGCAGCAACAAGGCACUACCCAGUGUGAGCACCCAGCAGCCAGGCAACAACCCAGAGGCCAAUGGGUCUGGUGACAUGUCUGUACCCGCAGUGGGAAAAGGGCCAAUCCUCAUGCCUCAUUUGUUUGUUCAGGCACAGGCAAUGUUGAAGAGCCAUGUUGAUUCCAAAUGUGAUCAGAUCAUCCAGGGCAAGGUCCCUGCCUGUGUCCAACGCUCCUGGGAAUUCUCCAGGAGCUUGGCAGUAGGGACUCCCUUCCCAAGCAUCCCACCAGGCCAGCCCCUGGAGCCACAGACAGAAAAUAACAUUGACCUACACUACAAAGUUGUCCCUCAGGAACCUAGGAGUGACCCGGAGGAGCAGGCCGUAUCAGGUGCUCUCAUUGAGCACUGUAAGCGGCCCCAAGCCCUGUCUGAGGAAACCAUUAAGAAACUGGAGACAACUUUAAGGCAUAAGUAUCUGGCCUUCCUGUCAGGCCUGCCUGCUGUUUACUGUGUGACCCCCUCCAGAGCAUCAUCCCCAGCAACUUUUGGCCAAUCUGCAAUCGCAGAGAUGAUGCCUAGACCUGUUAAAACCCCACAGGCACCCCUAACACAGGUGCCACCACAUGAAGACCCUUGUCUGAGUGGUCUUGAGCUUUGUCCUCAGGAUGACAGCAAGGCAUCUGUGAACAUUACAGAAGAGGUCCAGCUUGAAGUGCAGGUGGAAGGAAGAACAGAGAUGGCACCUCUAGAGAGCAAGACUCCCUGCCCCAACUCAUCAAACAAAGAGAUGGUGGCAAGACUGAGUUUCCAUCUGAAAAAGAAGGUCCUAGAGAUAAAGUUGGGAAUUCCUAUAACAGCAAACAAACUUAAAGAGCCCAGUGCAGCGGGCACAGAGAGUGAAUGCCCACAGGAGCCCGUCGGGGGUCUCAGUAUCCCAGAAAAAACAGCACUACAGACACUGCCCAACUCAGGUGAUCUUCCUCCAGCCCCAGAUGCAAGUACGGUCCGCCUGAGAAAACAGCCAGACACUGCAGUGCAGGCUGUGUGCCACAAGCAAGAGCAACCUAGGUCCAAAGCAGGGCCCCAGGAUUCUGCCCAGGAAGUCUCCAAGACCUCCCGACUCAGGAAUACAACCGAGGCCCAAGUGCCCAACCUAGAGGAAGCCCUUAGCACUGAGCCUCAGGGCUCAGGCAAGAGCAAGUACUCUGCGCAUGUCCUCGCACUAACAGAAAAGGGCCAAGAGCCAAGGAAACCCAAGGCAGUGGACGACCCUGGAGAAGGGGACACAGGUCUUGGGCUUUCCCCAACCAGUGAAAGAACACACCGUGAGGGAGACCAGGAGCCAGAAAAGGGGCCUGUGCACUGGACACCCCAGGGGUCCUCACAGUACAGCCAUAGCUCUCAUCUUGAGGAUCCCUGUCCACCCAGCCCUCAGGACCUCCGAGACCUGGAGUUCCCGUAUCCACCCCCAGAAGUCCUCAUGGAGAGGGAACCUGAGCAUGACAUGCAAGACAGUCAAACCAAGGCAAAUGUCAUCCCAGGACCUGCAAGGAUUGCUGAGGUCUCCCAGGCUUCCCAGGGCUUGCCUUUCCUGCGCCCGCCAAUUCAGGGAAAGCCUGUUCGGGUCCAAACUAGGCAAGACCACAUUUCACGGGGGCGGGUGAUGCCAACCUCUCCUCACACUAGCCCCAGCCUUCCAGAGGCUGGCUUGAAAAAUAAGGUGAAAUCCUUUCUUAACUCUAUUAACCCCAAGUUAAAAGGCAAAACACACGUGGAAACCAUGGCCUCAACACCUGCAAGAGUAGCCAAAACCAGUAAAGAAAAUGUUGAUAAGGGUCUGCCCCAAGCCAAAAGCCCCACCAAGAAAACUAAGGUAGAGAACUACAGAGGGCCCAAGGCCCAAUCUGUGCCCGCUGAGAAGUCAGUGAUUGCAUCCUUCUUAACUGCUCCCCAUAUUCUAGAGAGUAAGCUCCAGCAGCACUCUCGACAGCCUGGCUCUGUCUCAGUAUCAGGCCAGGCCCGACACUGUCCUCGGCACUGUCCUAGAUUGGCUUAUGCCACUCAAUACAGAAACCCGCCCUAGGUCCCAAGGUUUACCUCAGAAGUGUUGUUCUGCUAAUGGAGAACGCUCAGG